UGAGUGUGGAGAUAACGUGUACAACACCCGCCAAUCAGAAUUCACAAAUCCAAGCACACAAAAUCAUCCCAAUCCUUAUUCUCCAAUCUCCAUGUUCCUCUUCUUUUUUCUAAAAUAAUAUAAUAAUUCAUUUUCUCAAUUUUGGACCAUUUACAGCCUCUACAGCAGAGGAAGUCAAUACUUCUGUUCCCACACCAUCUCCAAUUCCAACAUUUCAUCAAAAAUCAACACAGCCCACCCCACCCACACGCCCAUAAACUGGGAAUUCGUUGAACACCCACUUCUCUCCUCUAAAUUUUGGCAUUUGGCUACCCUAUUAUGGCUGUUUCGAGCGGUUUUGCUACCACUUUAUCUGGUGCAAAGAUGGAGGCUUUAUUGCUGAAUUCUUCAGCUUCUUCAUCAUCAUCUGGGUGUUCUUCUUCUUUUAGAACCCAUUUGGUUUCGGUUCCAAAGAUUCGAGUCUUUUGUAAGCCGUCUCGAAAUAAUACUAAUGAUAAUGGUAAGUAUAGACGGGUUUUAGCACAGAGAGCAGGUGUGAGAUGUGAGGUUGUUGCUUCAACGGAUUCUGCAGUUGAAACUGACUCUAACAUUGAUCCGGCUAAGGUUUCUAGCUUGUCUGCUCUGGAGCAGCUCAAAACCUCUGCUGCUGAUAGGUAUACAAAAGAAAGGGCUAGCAUUGUGGUUAUUGGGCUUAGUGUUCACACUGCGCCUGUUGAAAUGCGUGAAAAACUUGCCAUUCCGGAAGCUGAAUGGCCUCGAGCUAUUGGGGAGCUCUGCAGUUUAAAUCAUAUAGAAGAGGCUGCAGUUCUUAGUACCUGCAAUAGAAUGGAGAUAUAUGUUGUGGCUCUAUCUCAGCAUCGUGGGGUCAAAGAAGUUACUGAAUGGAUGUCAAAGACAAGUGGAAUCCCUGUUUCAGAAAUUUGUGAGCACCAGUUCUUGCUGUACAACAAUGAUGCUACACAGCAUCUCUUUGAAGUAUCUGCAGGUCUUGAUUCUCUUGUUUUGGGAGAAGGUCAAAUUCUCGCUCAGGUUAAACAAGUUGUAAAAGUUGGCCAGGGAGUUGUUGGCUUUGGAAGGAACAUUAGUGGCCUGUUUAAACAUGCAAUAUCUGUUGGGAAACGAGUUAGGACUGAGACAAAUAUUGCUGCUGGGGCUGUUUCCGUAAGCUCUGCUGCUGUUGAACUUGCUUUGAUGAAGCUUCCUGAGUCUUCACAUGCAACUGCCAGAAUGUUAGUUAUUGGAGCUGGCAAGAUGGGGAAACUUGUGAUUAAACACUUGGUGGCAAAGGGUUGCACUAAGAUGGUGGUUGUGAACAGAUCCGAGGAGAGAGUAGCAGCUAUAAGAGAGGAGAUUAAGGAUGUUGAGAUUAUUUACAAACCCCUGGAUGAGAUGCUAACCUGUGCUGCUGAAGCUGAUGUGGUCUUCACUAGCACAGCAUCAGAAACCCCACUAUUUUUGAAAGAAAAUGUUAAGGAUCUUCCCUCUGUUAGUUCAGAGGUUGGGAGUUUGAGGUUAUUUGUAGAUAUCUCAGUUCCAAGGAAUGUGGGCUCCUGUGUUAAUGAUGUUGAAAAAGCCCGAGUUUACAAUGUGGAUGAUCUCAAAGAGGUUGUGGCUGCUAAUAAAGAAGAUCGACUCCGAAAAGCAAUGGAAGCUCAGGCAAUUAUUACUGAGGAAUCAAAACAAUUUGAAGCUUGGAGGGAUUCACUGGAGACCGUUCCUACCAUCAAGAAAUUGAGAGCUUAUGCUGAGAGAAUCAGAGUUGCAGAGCUAGACAAAUGCCUAUCAAAAAUGGGUGAGGAUAUCCCAAAGAAAACAAGGAGAGCUGUGGAUGAUCUUAGCCGUGGUAUAGUUAACAAACUCCUUCACGGGCCAAUGCAGCACCUUAGAUGUGAUGGGAGUGACAGCCGAACCCUAAGCGAGACCCUUGAGAAUAUGCAUGCUCUUAACAGAAUGUUCAGCCUGGAGACGGAAGUAGCUGUAUUGGAACAAAAGCUUCGAGCCAAAACCAGCCAGAAGUAAGCUCCAUUCUAAAAUCACAUAAUACUUCACUCCAAAUUAAAUAAGAGAAAAAAGAAAAAAGAAACCAUCUCUGUUAAAAACCAUUGCAAUCUUCAAUAUAGCUGUCCAAGCAUAGGUCCCUGAAGGGGAUGCUUGAAUUCAUUUAUCUUGUAUAAGCCACUCUUCCUAACUUGUAUUUGGGUUCAGUCACAUUCAUCUUGUGUCUUCAUUAGGAGCCAUUCGUCUUUCUAGGCUACACCGUCACCAGGGGAAUAAUAAAGCGAGUUUGAUCCUUGUAACCAUGUGUUGUUAUAGACUUUUAUGGCAUUGGCAUGUAUUUGGGAAACUAUUUGUCAUUGUAAUUACUCUUUAUCAUUUGAUUUAAAUAUAGAGACUUUGUUUUCUUUGCGAA